UUUCUCAGUGCUACCACGGGAACCUGCUUUUCAUCAUGAAGAAAACUGAUGCACCCAAUGAUCCCCUCAAUCAUGUCAUUUAUAUUUCGCUUCCUCAUCUCCUUCUCUGCAACGACCAACUUAACCACCUCCUCCAUCUCUCCCUAGCUCUUUCUCUCUCUCGCCGCCACCCCCCCAACUCAGAUGGCUUUUCAAUCUAUUAUCCUCCUUUUUGUGUCACUGAUUUCUCUAACCUAUCCUUUACAAACUAUCAGCACUAACCCAUAUCAGUUCUUCAAUCUCAUGAAAGCUUCCUUGUCAGGAAAUGUCCUGUCUGAUUGGGAUGUCACGGGAGGGAAACCAUACUGCAAUUUCACAGGAGUUGGCUGCAACGGUCGAGGUUAUGUUGAGAUGAUUGACGUAACUGGGUGGUCAAUUUCUGGCCGUUUUCCAUCUGGAAUAUGCUCGUACUUUCCAGACUUGCGUGUUCUUCGUCUAGGCCACAACAGUAUCCACGGUGACUUCCUUCACAGCAUCGUCAACUGCUCUUUCUUGGAAGAGUUGAACUUGAGCUUUUUGUUUGCUACCGGAACAUAUCCAGAUUUCUCACCAUUGAAAUCCUUACGGAUACUUGACGUGUCAUACAACCGCUUCACGGGUGAGUUUCCCAUAUCAGUAACAAAUCUUUCCAAUCUUGAGGUGCUCAACUUCAAUGAAAACGAUGGCCUCCACUUAUGGCAACUGCCGGAUAAUAUUUCUAGGCUGACAAAGCUCAAACGCAUGAUCUUGACAACCUGCGUGCUGCAUGGUCCAAUCCCAGCAUCAAUCGGAAACAUGACAUCCCUUGUUGAUCUUGAGUUAAGCGGGAAUUUCCUUUCUGGUCAUAUCCCUGUAGAGCUUGGAUUGUUGAAGAACUUGCAGCAACUUGAGCUCUACUAUAAUUACCACCUUUCCGGUAAUAUACCUGAGGAAUUUGGAAACUUGACAGAGCUUGUAGAUUUGGACAUCUCAGUCAAUAAAUUGACAGGAAAGAUUCCAGAAUCUGUAUGUCGCCUUCCCAAGCUUGAGGUCCUGCAGCUUUACAACAACAGUCUCUCAGGAGAAAUCCCCAGAGCCAUCGCAAGUUCAACAACCUUGCGCAUACUCUCAGUUUACGAUAACUUUCUGACAGGAGAAGUGCCGCAGGACCUGGGGCACUUAUCAGCCAUGAUCGUCGUAGACUUGUCAGAGAACCGCCUAUCAGGGCCAUUACCAUCAGAUGUUUGCAGGGGAGGUAAACUGCUCUACUUUCUUGUCCUGGAUAACAUGUUUUCUGGAGAGUUACCUGAUAGCUAUGCAAAAUGCAAGACUCUUCUAAGGUUUCGACUGAGUCAUAACCAUUUGGAGGGCUCAAUACCUGAAGGUAUUCUAGGCCUUCCUCGUGUUUCAAUUAUUGAUUUGAGUUAUAAUAACUUUAGUGGUCCAAUUUCAAAUACAAUUGGAACUGCGAGAAACUUGUCAGAACUGUUCGUACAAAGCAACAAGAUUUCGGGUGUUAUACCUUCUGAAAUUUCUAGGGCUGUCAAUCUGGUAAAGAUUGAUCUCAGCAGUAAUCUCCUGUAUGGCCCCAUACCUUCUGAAAUUGGCUAUUUAAAGAAGCUAAAUUUACUGAUCUUGCAAGGCAACAAGCUGAAUUCUUCCAUCCCCAAGUCGCUAUCUUUGUUAAGAUCUCUCAAUGUUCUUGAUCUUUCCAACAACCUCUUGACUGGAAGUAUCCCUGACAGUCUGAGCGAGUUGUUACCAAACUCCAUCAACUUUUCAAACAAUCUUCUCUCUGGUCCAAUACCUCUCUCACUGAUUAAGGGGGGACUGGUGGAGAGUUUUUCAGGCAACCCAGGUCUCUGUGUUCCAGUCUAUGUUGAUUCAUCAGAUCAAAGUUUCCCCAUGUGUUCACACACUUACAAUCGAAAGAGGCUAAAUUCUAUCUGGGCAAUCGUAGUAUCAGUAGCUAUCCUUAGUGUUGGAGCUCUCCUGUUUCUUAAACGACAAUUCAGUAAAGACAAAGCUGCCAAGCAACACGAUGAGACCACGGCUUCAUCAUUCUUCUCCUACAAUGUAAAGAGCUUCCACCCAAUAAGUUUCGAUCAACGUGAGAUCCUUGAUGCCAUGGUUGACAAGAACAUAGUGGGCCAUGGAGGAUCUGGGACUGUGUACAAAAUUGAACUGAGCAGCGGAGAGGUUGUUGCAGUGAAGAAGCUGUGGAGUAGGAAAUCGAAAGAUUCUGCUUCAGAUGAUCAAUUGCUGUUGGAUAAGGGGUUGAAAACUGAGGUAGGGACUCUAGGAAGUAUAAGGCACAAGAACAUAGUCAAGUUGUACUGUUAUUUCUCGAGUUCGGAUUGCAACCUGUUGAUUUAUGAGUAUAUGCCAAAUGGGAACCUUUGGGAUGCCCUUCACAAAGGGUCGACCCAUCUGAAUUGGCCCACCCGUCAUCAAAUAGCAGUUGGAGUUGCUCAGGGCUUGGCAUAUCUCCAUCAUGAUCUCCUGCCACCAAUCAUUCACAGAGACAUAAAGUCAACCAACAUCCUGCUUGAUGCUAACUACCGGCCCAAAGUUGCAGAUUUUGGCAUAGCCAAGGUUUUGCAAGCUAGAGGAGGGAAAGACUCCACCACCACUGUCAUUGCAGGGACCUACGGUUAUUUGGCCCCGGAAUAUGCGUACUCAUCUAAAGCAACAACCAAGUGUGAUGUCUACAGUUUUGGGGUGGUGUUGAUGGAACUAAUAACUGGGAAGAAGCCAGUAGAGGCAGAUUUUGGAGAGUGCAAGAAUAUUAUACAUCUGGUUUCAACAAAAGUGGACACCAAGGAAGGAGUGAUGGAGGUGCUGGACAAGAAGUUAUCAGGGUCUUUCAGAGAUGAGAUGAUUCAGGUUCUCCGGAUCGCCAUCCGAUGCACCUACAAGACCCCAGCCCUUCGACCCACCAUGAAUGAAGUUGUCCAGUUGCUGAUCGAGGCAGGCCAGAACAGAGUCGAUUCUUUCAGGUCAUCAAAUAAAAGCAAAGAGGCAUCAGACGUCACUAAAAUAAAGAACCAGUUUGAAAUAUGAUUGCAAUAGUAGUAUGGUGGGGAUGUAGGUUAAGAGUAAUAUAGCAACUAUAUACAAUAGCAUUGUCUCUAAAAACUUUUGAGAGACUUGUCAUAAAGAGUAACUUAAUCUUCUUUUCGUUUAACUAAAGUAGCUUUCAGAUUAAUCUCUUUUAUUUUUCUUCUUUUCCAUUUUGUUUUACUGCUCUUGUAAGUUAUAUGAGGAAUUUUAUCAAUACAACUGCUUUAUAGUAACGCACA